AUGUCUCUCAUUCCAAGCUUCUUCGGGACAGGGAGAAGGACCAACGUCUUCGACCCCUUCUCCCUUGACGUGUGGGACCCAUUCGAAACCGCCCUCUCCUUUCCACGCUCCGAGGUUGCGAACGAGACGGCUGCGAUCGCCAACACGCGCAUCGACUGGAAGGAGACGCCGGAGGCGCACGUGUUCAAAGCGGACCUUCCGGGACUGAAGAAGGAAGAGGUGAAGGUGGAGAUCGAGGAGGGAAGGGUGCUUCAGAUUAGCGGACAGAGGACGAAGGAGAAGGAGGACAAGAACGAGAAGUGGCACCGCGUGGAACGCAGCAGCGGCAGCUUCCUCCGCCGCUUCCGGCUGCCGGAGAACGCCAAAGUUAAUGAGGUGAAGGCUGCUAUGGAGAACGGAGUGCUCACUGUCACUGUUCCCAAGGAGGAAGUCAAGAAGCCCGAUCUGAAACCCGUUCAGAUCACUGGCUAA